GCGUGCAUAUCUUUAUAAUGUUAAGAAUGAUUUAUUUUUAAUAAUAAUCAAUAAAAAUUACUAAUAAAUCCGUUAGAUUGCAUGCGUCUGCACGUGACAGUUUGGUCACGUGCUUUAAAGGGGGAAGUAGGGAAGACUUUCACCUAGAGAACUUCGCCAUCGCACCAGGGGGUUUUUGGUGAAACUUCUUGGACGUUAUGGAGACCAGACCAGCCUUUAAUAAUUAUGGAGCCACGGGGGGCUUUAACAACCCAGGAUUCACGCCUUCAGCUACAGGCAUGUCUGCUCCCUCAGCGCCCCCUGCUGGAUUUUAUGACUCAGUGCCCGGGUAUGAGGGGACGUUGGCUGGUGGAGGAGGAGGGUUUCUUCCUCCCCCAAUGCCCUCAGCGCCCCUGCCUGCACCGGAAAACCUUCCUGCUCAGCCCAACUGGAAUAUAACCUCCAUUUCAGAGGAAGUUGCACGCGAGGCUUUCGCGAGCUACAUAUCCAGUAAAUGCUGUUACAGCUCUGCGCCAGUGAAAGAAGGAGUCAUCACUGGCCUGGAUCCCUUUAACACCUACAGGUACCGCUUGGAGACUUUCGCCGAGACGAGAUCGACCGAAUGGAAUCAAGAGCCGUACACAGGCCAGCAUGUGGACGCGUUUACCCAGCCUGCCCCAGCGCCAUGGGCUGUCGCAGCCCAACCACCCGCUUUCUUCCAGGACCAAACGCAGACCCUCCGAGUGCCAUAUACAUCCUCAGUCAAGCCAUGUCAUGCCUGUAUGGGCAUGGGGAUGAAGCCGUGCAAGGAUUGUGCAGGCUGUGGGAAUAAAGUCUGCUGGGUGUGUAACGGUUCCGGGUUUCGCAAUGGAAAUGAGCACUGCUCGCACUGUAACGGCUGCGGGAGAGAAAACUGUACCUGGUGCCAUGGACAAGGCUCCCGUGAUUGUGACAUAUGUCGAGGGAAGAGACAGCUCCUCGUCUUCAUCACACUCAAGAUCCAGUGGACUACUUAUAAAACCGAUUAUGUGGUCGAGCAGAUGAGCGGUCUGAAAUCAGAGAAUCUCAGUAAGGUCUCGGGAAGGGUGAUGUUCAAGGACUCCCAGUACAUGCUUUACCCAGUGAUGGGUUGCCCUGACCCGUCAUUGAGCCAAGCGUCUGAGCGUUUAAUACGAGAACACCAAAGCAACUAUUUCCAGACGUCUCGUGUACUGCAGCAGCGUCACACCAUCGAGCUGAUCCCAGUCACCCGUGUGAACUACGCUUGGAAAGGAAAACACAUGUACUACGUGUUUGGGAACGAGAACUCCGUGUACACCGACAGCUACCCGGCUACAUGCUGCUGCUCGGUCAUGUAAUCCUAUAGUUCAUCGUUUUUAUCGUUUGGAGUUUCACAUAAAACCCAACCGAGAUCACUUUUA